AUGGCCGAAUCCAGCGGCAGCGAGGUCUUCACCACCUUCCUCUACGUGUCCUUCAUCUUGGAGUUUGUCUUUGGGGGCCUCGUGUGGAUCCUGAUCGCCUCGUCCCAGGUGCCCCUCCCCCUGGCCCAGGGCUGGGUGAUGUUCGUGUCUGUGUUCUGCUUCAUAGGCACCACUGUCCUGCUCUUCCUGUACAUGUGUGGCAGUGACAAUGAGGAGACUCCCUGGUUAACCGUGGUCUUAGGCUAUGUGACUGGUGCCCACUAUGUGGAGAGUUUCUGGAGGAAGCUGGAUGCAGUCUGCCAUAGUACUGCUGCCCUAUUUUACCUCAGCGCCUUCAUCCUGGAAGCUUGGGCCGCCAGCACCAUGAGAGACAGCUUCACCCAGGAACAUUACCUUGAAAACGUCUUUGCUGCAGUGUUUUCAUAUGUAGCCACUCUGCUCUACAUGGUCCAUGCGGUAUUUUCUUUAAUCAGAUGGAAGAAAGCAGCAGAAGAACUUUAGCUGAAAACCCAGAUGGUGACAACUGAUCGGCCGCCUUCUGGCAUAGCUUUUCAGCAUGCAGAAAUGCUCUCCAUGGUGGAAAAAAGAAACCCAAAGAAGAGCAAUGCUGUGUGUCUUGAGGGUGUUAUGCAGACUCUCCCCU